AUGAGUGAACAAAGGAAGGAAUUUCGAGAGAGGAUAUAUGCUAUAGUGCGAAAGAGUACUGAUGGAGAAAAUCUGUUAAGGAGUUCCCUCAGUGGUACCAUCUUUUUGUUACAAGCACGGAGUAAUUUUGUUGCUGGCCUACUAUUAAUACAUCAAAAUGAGUAUACAGUGGAAGCGGAACGAAAUUUCGUAAUGCCUCAUUUACACCUAAUUGCUGCAUUACUGUCCAUUGUUGCUAAUAUUGAAGAGCAAAAACGUUUAGCGCAACAGUCCGAAGUGUUUCUCACUAUGACGCAAAAUGUAUUCUCCAGCUUACAAGAUAUGAACUUAUUGGUGAGAAAUAUAACGAAAGAAGCCAAAACCCUUGUGCAUGCCGAAAUAUGUUCUUUAUUUCUUCUUGAUCGUGAAAACUCUGAACUGGUUGCUGAAGUAUUCGAAAAAAAUGGCUCAAAUGAUGAAUAUCUGACGGAAAUCAGAAUGCCAUUGUCACUGGGCAUUGUUGGACAGGUUGCAAGCACUGGACAAAUGAUGAAUGUCAAAGAAGCUUAUAGUCAUCCAGCUUUCUACCCGAAAGUGGACGAACGAACCGGUUUCGUUACACGAAACAUAUUAUGUUUCCCGAUCAAAGAUAGUUCUGGAAACCUUGUUGGUGUGGCGGAGCUAUGUAAUAAAAUUGGAAAGCUUGCCUUUACGAAGCACGAUGAGCAAAUUGCAAUGACAUUUGCAAUAUACUGUGCCAUCAGUAUAUCACAUUGUCUUCUUUAUCGGAAACUGCAAGAAGCUCAUCGACGAUCACAUUUGGCCGCUGAGUUAUUAGUACAAGGUUCUACGCUGUCGAUUGCACCAGAAGAUUUGUUACGAUUAACAGCAGGUGAUAUACCAUCAGCGACUUCUUUUGCUCCAGAAUUCGAUCAUUUUAAUUUUCCGCCACGUUCCAUUGGGUCAGGCGAUAUCUAUGUUGAAGCAGCAUUGUCCAUUUUUAAGGAUCUGGGUUUUGUUCAGCGAUUUCGCUUACAGCGGCAAACAUUAGCAUGUUUCUUAUUGAUGGUUCAAAAGGGUUACCGUGAUGUGCCUUAUCACAACUGGUCUCAUGCAUUUGCUGUUGCUCAUUUCACGUAUUUGUUACUGCGAACUGAAACAGCACACAAUGCACUGAAUGAAUUGGAAAGUUUUGCUCUCUUUGUAGCAAGUUUAUGUCAUGAUAUCGAUCAUCGUGGUACUACGAAUGCAUUCCAAGUACAGUCGCGAACACCGCUAGCUCAGUUGUACAGUAGUGAAGGCUCGGUAUUGGAGAGGCAUCACUUUGCUCAAACAAUAUCAAUAUUAAAUAUGGAGGAGUGCAAUAUAUUCGUUUCAUUAAAUCGACAUCAGUUCCAUUCAGUCCUGGAUCACAUACGGGAUAUCAUUCUCGCAACCGACAUAGCUAAUCAUUUACAGAAAGUGCAAGAUAUUAAUCGAAUGGUUGAAGUUGGCUUUGACAGUUCAAUAAAGCAUCAUCGAUAUUUAUUACUAUGCCUUAUGAUGACCUCAGCUGAUCUAUCUGACCAGACAAAAGAUUUCAGAAAUAGCAAGGCAAUAGCUGAAAAUAUUUAUAAGGAAUUUUUCUCGCAAGGAGAUCUAGAAAAACAGAUGGGAAAUCGCCCAUUAGAAAUGAUGGACCGGGAUCGUGCAUGCGUGCCAAAAUUGCAGCUUGAAUUCAUGGAUACAAUUGCAGUACCUGUUUUUGAAUACUUAUCACAGUUAUUACCCGAAAGCAAAAGUACAUAUGAGUCAAUGUUGUUUAAUCGGAAAUGUUGGCUAGCGUUGGAUGAGAUAUUGGCCGAGGAGAACGAGCCCAGCAACGACAUAAAUGAUAAUAAUAAAAGACCCUCGAUAUGUUUAAAUGCAAUCACUCAACAGCCAACCUCCAAAGCUCAGUUCUUCAGUACAUGA